CGUCACAUUUCAAUGAUAUUCUGUUAUAUAACCUUAGACAAAUGUAAACAACUGUACCAGAAAAUUAUUAAAAUUCUAUUUUACACCAAAGAAUUAUAUAUGGAAAACUUGAAGAAUGAUUGUCAUGUUCUUCUUGUAACAUUUCCAGGUCAAGGUCACAUUAAUCCAUCUCUUCAAUUAGCUAAAAGAUUAGUUAAUUUAGGAAUAAAAGUCACUUUUUCUACUAGCUUAACAGCUUUUCAUCGAAUUUCCAAGCUUCCAAAUAUAGAAGGAUUAAGCUUUGCUCCUUUUUCUGAUGGCUACGAUGGAAAACUUAAUGUGUCAGUUGGUGAAGUCGAUUCGUUCUAUUAUUCAAUAGUGAGUCACGGUUCUGAAUUCGUGACUCAGUUGACAGAAUCCAGGGCGGCUGAGGGCCACCCUUUCAGUCGUAUCAUUUACACGACCCUUAUGGGAUGGGUUGGUAUAGUGGCUAAGGGACUUAAUGUCCCUUCCACAUUUUAUUGGAUCCAACCGGCGGCGGUGUGGGACAUUUAUUAUUAUUGUUUCACUGAGUAUGCUGAUUAUUUCAAGAAUUGUUCUCAUGAUCAAGUCGUAGAGCUUCCAGGAUUGCCUCGGCUAAGUCCUCGCGAUUUUCCCUCGUUUGUGUUUGCUGAUGUGAAUUCUACCUAUGGUUGGGGAGUUAAAUCUAUCAUAGACCAAAUUGAGCUAUUGAAUAGUGAAGGAAAUCCAAGAGUACUUGUGAAUACUUUUGAUGAUUUGGAGUAUAAUGCUUUGAGAGCAUUGAAGAAUUUAGCUAUGGUUGGAGUUGGCCCUUCGAUUCCAUCGGCUUUUCUUGAUGGUCAUGAUCCUUUUGACAAGUCAUUUGGAGCUGAUAUGAGAUCGAGUUCGGAUAGUUACAUGGAUUGGUUGGAUUCGAGGGCAAAUGAAUCAGUUAUUUACAUUGCAUUUGGUAGUUACUCUGAGAUAUCAAGUCAAUCGAUGGAGGAAAUAGCUCAAGGGUUGGUAAAAUGUGGGAGGCCAUUUUUGUGGGUGAUUAGGGAAGGGAAAGAAGGGGAAAAUCAAGAAGAAAAGUUGACAUGUAAAGAGGAAUUGGAAAAACAAGGGAGAAUCGUGCGAUGGUGUUCGCAAGUGGAGGUGUUACAACACCCUUCUUUAGGUUGUUUCUUGACUCACUGUGGUUGGAAUUCGACUUUAGAGAGCCUGUCUUCUGGCGUGCCGAUUGUGGCAUGUCCGCUGUGGACCGACCAAAGUUGCAAUGCUAAGCUCGUUCAAGAUGUUUGGAAGAUUGGCGUCAGAGUGAAUGCGAAUGAAAAUGGUGUCGUCGAAAGAGAUGAGUUUAGGAGGUGUAUAGAGAUCGCGAUGGAAGAUGGAGAGAAAAGGGAGGAGCUUAAGAAGAAUGCCAAGAAAUGGAAGGAUUUAGCUAAGGAAGCUUUGAAGGAAAAUGGUUCAUCAAAUGUAAAUCUCAAAGCUUAUGUUAAUGAGAUUUUACUUGGUCAUUAAGGCCAGUUCAGUGCCCAAAAUAUUUCGCCUUCUUGCAGUAGGGUCCAUUUCAUUGGUAUAAAUAAAAAGAAUAAAUUGAGUAUCGUCCUUGUAAUACGUACCUUAGCCUAUAUGUUACAUGUACGUAGCUAAGUUUUUGUUAUAGUGGUUUGUUUUAGUACUUUGAGAA